UUUAUCCGCAUUCCGUCUUCAGUUGUCCUGUGCUCUGCCCUGUGUGCAGUCGUCAUCGUCAUUUAGUCGUCUAAUUAUUUUUCCGUCGCUGGAUUGAUUUCUCACUGUUCAGCUUGCACUGGAACUUUAAACCAACCUGGCUGCGCUUGACGACUACAAUUUUGAUUACAGUUGUUUCGGUUCCUUCAACAGUAAUCGUCAUGUCCAGCGGAAAAACUACUCGUCGACCGUUAACUAUAACUCGACGGCGGAAGGUCGUUCAAUUUCUCCAAGCAAAUCAAGAGAUGCUGGACAACAUGAAUGAUCAGGAUGUUGUAACUGCUAUAUCGGAUCAUAUUCAAAAAUCAGAUCACUGGAUUCAGCAUUCCGAUGUGGAACGUUGGUGGAACCAACAUGGAGCACAACUGUUACUGGAGGCUCGUUGUAGUCCAUCACCUCAGCAGCAGCAAGCCCUUGUCCAGUCUGGAAGUGAGGUCGCCUCGCUUUCAUCUCCACAUGUUGCAGAAGCAAUCCUGCCCACCACGCUUGAUAAUUCAAUCCUUAUCUGCUCUGAAGGAUCGAUCUUGCAAAUCCCAAUUCAGGCAAAUGCACAUAUUGUAUUUCGAAGAAAUUCAGAAGGCCAGUCGUUCAUGGAAAUCAGCGAUCCAACAACUACCGACACAGAAAAUCCAGACUCGAACCAAUUCGCCUUGUGCAACGAGAUAGAAGUGGUGACACCGGAUUAAACUAAAGGUUUCGACUACUAUAAACUUCUUUCAUU